AUGCCGGCGGUUGCGGAUCUUCCUCGUACGGGGAGCAUUCAGGAUACGAACAGGUAUUGGAUGUCCCAAGCCGCCGACGGCCACCUCACGAGCCAUUCAGGGGGCGCAAGGAAACAAGCCCCGUCUGCGAGGUCACGCCCAUGCGAUACCUGCCGCCUACGCAAAACACGCUGCGUAAAAGAACCAAGCCAACUUCGUUGUGUUCUCUGCACGUUUCAUGACCAGCCCUGUACUUAUGUACGAGGCCCCACCCGUCGACAACGAAGGACAACCCGAUAUAUCGAAUAUGAAGCUCAGGUCCCAUCGUCAAGAAACUAUUUGACUCAGUUGAGCCUUGGUAAUGAGCCCAGGGCGUUUCAAAUACCAGAUAAUGGAACACCGGACUGUGUACAGACAUCUCCAGCCUCUAGCCAACAUACAAAUGCAACAUCUCCGACAAUCAGCAUCGAAAACAAUGGCACAUCCAACCUAAUCAGUCCAGAGCUUUCAUCUCAGACGCAGCAGCCUCGUUCCAGCACGCCUGCCCCACGCCCAAGAAUCCUGAGCAAUACUCUAGGGCUAGAUCUUGAGACUCACGCCGAGUAUAUAGGGACUACCGAUUACCGCGAUCCAAUUUUACUUGACUUACAUCGUACUCACCAAGGACUAGAAAGCAACUCUCUAGGUCACCCACCGAGAAGCUUUACGCGACGUCUUGAUGAAGGAACCGCCUUUGUUGUGCAUACCGAUGGAUCGACGACGUCAGAGUCUCAACGCAUUGCAGAUCUUGAUGCAAUCGAAGAUGCGAUUCGCCCCCUCGGUCGGACACUGGUAGACCUCUACUUCCGUGUUGUCCACCCAAGCUUUCCCAUACUACACAAAGACGUGUUUAUCAGCAAACACCGCGUAUCGCACCGCCAUUUUGCACCAUCUCUGCUCGCCGCAGUCUACCUUGUGGCGCUGGACUGGCAGCUGUACGAUAGUUCACUUGCCGGGCGCGAAAUGGAAAGCAUCCCAAACCCCAGUGCGCUCGAGGAGUUGGCUGAACGCACGAUGGCUCACGAUAUGCGACGCCCUAAGCUCAGCACACUGGAGGCCGGUUUGCUUUUACUACAGCGUAACUCUCGCAAUGCUGAGACUGGCUCACACAGUCAUCCGUCGUCUAGCCGCAUGUUCACUGCACAACUCGUUGCCAUGGCCCAGGAUCUUGGCAUACAUGUGGACUGUAGUUCGUGGGAUAUCCCAGAUUGGGAAAUAGGACUACGCCGUCGGCUGGCCUGGGCGUUAUACAUGCAAGAUAGAUGGGGCGCCUGCGCUCAUGGGCGACCUUUCCUCAUCCACGACGUGGAUUGGGGCGUGAGGCCAUGCACUGACGGUGACUAUCCAGAGCUGGCUGCAGAGGCUGCUACGGAUCCAUCCAACCCUUCUACCACGGCGACUGGCUGGGCACAAUUUCUGCAGCACAUUGAACUGACUAAGGCUCUGAGUGAAGUCAUGGGGACAUUCUACAACGCAGCGGCAUCACGUUCUGGCUACGGCGCUACGCAGAUAGGAACAGUCACCCUUGUCGAACUAGCUAAACCUCUUGUGUUGCGUUUGCGAGAGUGGUAUACCGAUCUGCCCCAGCAUCUACGCAUGGAAUACGCCAAGGAUAGAGAGCUCUGCGCGAACGGGGCACUGCGUCUGGCUCAUAUAUCGGUUGAGAUCGCUCUACACCGUGCCCUCAUACGGGCAAUAACACCAGAUACGCCCGAGCCCCUUCACUACGCUCUUCGUUCAACGGCCCGAGCCAAGGUCCAAGACGCUAUAUCUUUACUUAAAUCACUACAGCCCGAGCAUACGGCGGCCUUCUGGGGCAGUGCAGCUUCUUACCAGGUAGCCCAGGUUGGCUCGCUGACUGCGUUGAUGUGGGCUACUGCAAGCACCCCCGAGGAGGUGGCUUGGUGCGUAUCACGAGUUGAGGACUUACGAUGGGCCCUUAGGGUUAGAGCUUCUGCCGCGCCGUUUGCGCGAGAGGCAUUGAGGCUCAUUGAGCGGGAUGUUGGUGGCCUGGGAAUUGUUGCAAUGGCCCCUGACUACGGUGUAAGGCCUAUAGAGAGCCAAUGCUGA